CGGCACCCCCCCCCCCCGCCUUUCUUUCUGAUGAUAAUAAUAAUACUAAUGGUGUUAUUCUAGAAUGUUUAGUUCAAUAAUCUAAUGAUUUUUAUGAACUUAUAAUCAAACUUCCUUAUUCAAUUGGAUCAUGAAAAACGUAUCCAUUUAAUAUACGCAGUUUAUAAAUGACCAUAGAAGUUAUUAGAUAUUGAGUUAAUAAAAUUCAAUUAAAUAAUUAUAUUUAGUGAAAAAAAACACAACUAAUUAUCAUUAAUAUAUCAGUGAAAUCUUUUCUUUGUGUAUCAAUUCAUUACGGAUUAGUAUAAAACAAUAGAAAAUGUGUACUGUUGUAUUGAGACUAACAUUAUUACUGAUAAAUUCCUUAGUUGGCCUAUCAGCAUUAAUAGUUUCAUCGUUUGGUGCAAUUUUAACCUGGGGCAGAGAUACUAUAACAAGAGAAUUGGAUGAUGUAAUUGGUCCAAUGAUUAAGAAAAUGUAUGGUGAAGAAGUAGCGCAAGAUUUCACAGAUAUGGCAUCUGGUAUCUUACAAUUAACAAGUCCAUUCGGUUUCAUUUUAUUCAUAUUAGGAUUAGUUUCCUUGGCUAUUUGUUUAUUCGGUUUCUGUGGAGCAUGUUGUAAGAGUAUUCUUUGCCUUAGAGUGUACAUUGGGUUACUUUUGGUACUGGUCAUUAUUGAGACUACUGCAAUGAGUUUUUAUUACACCGAUCGUGAAUCAAUAUUCAAGUUAGCUAGAAAAAUUGCUCAUAACUCUCUGAGAAAUUAUCAUUCAAUUGGUUCUAAUAAUACUGAUAGUAUAAUAUAUUCAGUUAUUAUGCCAACUCUAAAUUGUUGUGGAUUAUUGAAUGGAUCUGAUUUUGAUGAUUCACCUAAUUUCCAGAGAAAAGUACUUUUUAAUGAACAAAAUUUCGAUUUGAAAUAUCCUAUUCCAUGUUGUAAAAUGGAUGCUAAAUUUGUCGUUCUUGAUCCAACAUGUCCGGGAGAAUUUAACAUUAAGAAUUCAAAUAUUCAUGAAGGUUGUUGGGUGAAACUACGACAGAUAAUUGGCUUCUAUGGUGGAAUGAUUGUGAUUUGUGGAUUAGUUGUAAUUUUAUUCCAACUUCUAUUGAUUAUCGGAACAACAGUGAUACUAACCACUGGAUAUCCUUAAAAGAUUCAAGGAAGUAUCGAUCAUUACAUUAUUCAAAAUGAAAUAUAAUUUUCAUACAUGUAACGAGAAAAAGAAGAGUGUACUUGUAUAAUUCAAUUAUUGACUGUAUUUGUUACUUUCUUAAGAAAAAAAGGGUAAAUAUUUCCGAAAUUUUAGACCAUCAUGAAAAGCAAUAGUUUCAGCUGACUUCUUUAUUGAUUGCCUAAAAAACCCAUUUCAAUUCAAUUUACAGUCUUUAAAUGUUAUUUUAUCUUAAAAGAAGAUGUCUGUCAAGUAAAUGCUUGCCAAAAUAAACAACAUUCCUUAUAAUUAAACAAUUACAAAACACAAUAAUCUCCAGUAUGAUUUGAAAUCAUUUGUAGUACAUUAUUAGAUAACAAUGAAACACUAAAUAAUUGUUUCUAUUCCGUUUCGUGAAACUUAUAACUGAAAACUGGAAUGACUGUAAAACAUUUAUGUAGAAGAAAUUUCACUGAUUGAAAUCAUGAAUCAAUUGAAGC